AUGAAGGAGCUGAAGCGGUUCGACCUUCUUCGCAAAACGCUCUCUCGCAACUCCGACGACAAACAUCUUAUGGAAUCGCUAACUCGGAGCCUACUCGCUUGGCAUAGAUCUAAAGAGAAUCCUAAUGCAUCUACCAUCAACCGCUACAGCGAACGUAUCAGAGAGCUAGAAAACAGGGACGAGACACAGCCGGAAGUCGCCGAGUACGAGCUAGAGAAAGAUAUCAGCGCGCCCAUAAUUCAUUUCGGAAACUGCAAAGGCGAAGACGUCCAGGAUCCGCAGGUGUGGAAUAGCUUUCCUAACCAGAAGACCUCUAUUCGUGGCCUUCUUGGCCAUCGAGAUAGCCCAGAUAAGAGCAGUAAUCUGCUCCGUCGGGACCAGUCAUCCAACCGCGUGAGGUAUUUCCAUAUACCAUCUAACAAUAUAGAUUGGGCUGAGCGUGCAAUUGGGAAAUACUUCGACGAAAAACCUCCUGACUUCGAUGCCACACACCGCGAGCUCUUCCGAGAAAAGAAGACCAGAGCUUACAUGGUGCUCAGAAGUCCAUACUGGCGUGGUAUGAUGCAUGGGAGACAAGAACACUCUCCUCCGCAUGCGAGGCACAUGAAGUCUCUAUGCGAGAUGGUGUCAUCAAACCCUUCCGAAAUCGAUAACUUCCCGAAUAACAUGGUUCUUUUCAUGCCAUAUCUCCACUGGGACACAUCGAGAAAACAAGAGCAGUUCGCUACUGAGAUGGAAAAUAUCACGAAAAAGCGUAGAGACGAAUAUAGACAGAAUUCCGGACAACAGUCUCUCAGCGACACUUGCCAAGCUAACGAAAAGAAUAUUAAGAUAGAUCCUAAGAGGUUAUUUAAAAUACGGAAGCCGAAAAACUCCGGCCCCGAGGCCAAAGAAAAGAUGAUGAAUAAAGUGAUGAGGAAGUGGCCUAACAUCCCGCUUUUUGUAGAUGACAAUGGGCGCGUGAAAAUACAGAAUCCUCUAGGUCAGCUUCUUCUCGACGCUGCAAGAUUGUACGAGGGCAUGUCGAACUACCGCGACAAAAUGCUGCUCCGUUCUUAUCUUGGACCGGGUCAGAUCCGUACCGUAUUCGACCUGGCCCUGAUUAUCAUCGACGAGUGUUCCAAUACAUUUUUUGAGAGGACGGAUACCCUGGAUCGACAACCUCAAGUGCUUGAUAUUUUCUCCCACGCCAUCGGCCAUAUUAUGCAUAACCAAACCUUAGCUUUCGAGAAACUAUGGCACUGGACCGACGACGCCCGGAAGAUCUACCAGACGAAGACGAAGGGCGACAUAUCCGAGCUCUAUGUGCCGCUCCUCGACAUCAACCCGGAGGGGAAGCUCGAGCAGGAGAUCAAAGACAUCAUCGAAGAGUUGGACAUCAUGAUAUAUAUCACUAAGAUCUACAAGAGGAUUCUCUCGCAGUUCAUCCUAAACGCCGAGAGCGUCCUGGACCCGGAAGGCGAGUUCAGCCCCGACGAGAAACGGAGUAAGACAGGUAGGAGUCUGAGGGUCAAGUUCAGGAAUAGGGAGAGCGAACCGAGAGGUGCGCAGCAGCAGGGGGGCGAGGCCGAACCGGGGAGCAAGGAGAAUAAGCAGAAAGACUAUGAUUGGUUCAAGAUCAACGCCGACGAGAGGCUCAAGAUCGUCGGGGGCCGGAUCGAGGAGCUGGAAGAGCUACGCACCAGCGCCGUCAACACUACCGACAGCGUUAAGGACUUGUUGGAGCUGAAGCAGCAGCAAGCCAGCGUGGUCCAGGCCUGGCAGGCGGUGAAGCAGUCUGAUGAGAGCAUCAAGCAGGGCCGGUCCAUCAUGAUGUUCACGCUAGUCACCAUCAUCUUCCUUCCCCUGUCCUUCAUGUCGAGCGUCUUCGGGAUGAACAACAAGCAAGUCACCUCCGAGACGUGGUCGAUAGGCGAGGAGUUUACCUACAUGUUCUCCAUCUCGGCCGCCGUCAUCAUCGUGAGCCUGCUGCUCGCCUUCGGGGGCUGGAUCCGCGCCUUGUUCUACUACGCGUGGAAGACGGCCGGGACGCGCGUGCUCGUCCGCUUGGGCGCCUAUGCCUUCUGGCUCGAGUACGACGUCCGCGCCGCCGUCGACCGCCUCACCCACGACGUCCGCGAAGAUCGCGUCGAGCGCCGCGCCGAGGCCCAACGUCUUUUCGUCCAGGCGAUCCGCGCCGAAGCGGAGCGCCCCCGCGCCCGCGAUCCUCCUGCUGCUGCCGGCGCCGCUAUCGACUCCGACGCAACCUCUGAUACUGCCACCCAAAACGGGUUGCGUUGGCCAGAGACAUGGGUGAGCUGUUGGGGACGUAGGAGAAACGAAAGUAAACUGGUCGGGGAAGUCUGAGCUAAAUACUACGAGAAGGCGGUGGAGGCGAAAAGGUUGAAGAGAAUUAAAAAAGUGUUUUGCCAGUCUAACAUGUAUCUAACUAAAUUUACCAUCAUUAAUACAAAGCCACCCAUCGUACGCACAUAUCCCUAAAGCUAAAGCUCGCCGGCGUCCUCCGCCACCUCGCUCUGCUGUCCUGCCAGGACGUCCUGAGCCUUCUCCUCCGCCAGUACGGGUG